CUCGUAUUUGGCGUGAACAUACGAGAAGUGAAUGAGAAAUGGCGGGUACAUCUAAAUGUCAACAAUGAGUCUCAAUGACUGAUUGAUCAGUACCGCUGUGAAUUAGGAGGAAUUUGAAUACCUCUAUUCGUGAGAAAAUGGAAUCGUGAUGAAUUCUAAAUUUCAGGCCAAAAACAUACGGCCUCAUGACAAACUGGUACACCUGGACCCACCUCAGGUUCAUUUCUCUGCUUACGUCACCGGAGGCCUGAAAAAACUCUUCACCAAAAUAAACUCCCAUGAUGCCUCAGUCCUGCCUCUAUAUGAAUAUGGACGCUUUACUGACAUCAAUGGGCACUUUGUACCAGAGAAGAACAGCUUGCUGGCCUCUCGUUACCGGGUGCUGGGUAAAGUGUCGGCUCGGACCCAUGGGCAGUCCUCCGUACAGAUCUUUGCUAAGGAUGAGUUUAACUCGGACUCUCUGGUAGUAAUUAAGGUUCUCCACAAGACCUGGGGCCACCUGGCCUAUCAGGAGAUCCACUUCCUGUGGUCCCUCAAUGUGGCGGACCCCCACAAGGCCUCUCGAGUGGUCCAGUUACUGAAUAUCUUUGAGCUGGAUGAUCACUUCUGCCUGGUGUUUGAGCCACUGGUACCUGCUCCUUUGACCCGGGUGUUUCAGGGCUUUAACAGGGACCAGUUAAUUCCCAAUAUAAAGAAAGUGACUCUGAGAGUUUUAACUACGCUUGGAUUUCUCCAGCAACAAAACAUCAUCCAUGCUGACCUUAAACCAGAGAACAUUCUAUUAAAAUCAGAAUCGGAUGUUGGGUCAGUGACUGUAAUAGAUUUUGGAAAUGCCAUUCAUAACAGGUUUAAAGAGGUAGCGCUAUACUUCAAGGACUUUGAACUUCAAACAUUACUCUACAGAGCCCCAGAGGUUUUAUUUGGACUUCCCUUUGGGACGGAGAUUGACCUGUGGUCCCUGGGAUGUAUCCUGGCAGAGCUGUACUCAGGGAUGCCUCUCUUUCCUGGAACCUCAAAAAUCCCUGUCAUCAAAGAGAUGACCAGAUUACUAGGGCCAUUCCCCAGAAGCGUGUUCCAGAAAGGCAAAUUCUAUGAUGACCUCAAGGGAUACACUGAUGCAUGUGAACAGAAAAAUGCCUCAGAGGUACUCUUUAAAAAGCUGGGCUGUCGGGAUUAUUUAUUCCGUGACUUCCUGUCCGGUUUGCUGAGAUAUGACCCAGCUGAUAGGUUGACCCCAUUGCAAGCUGCACAGCAUCCUUUCUUGGCUUCAGAGCUUCCUGUAGCAUUUCUAAUGCCAUCAGAGCAAAAUCAGAUAGUGACAAAACCCUCUUCAAGUAAGGAACCUCCAGUAAAUUCAACACCUCUGGAGAUAGACCAGCUUAAGCCAGAUCUCCUGCAAAAAGUAAAAUUAAUCAAGCCUCUUCAGAAGGAUACUGUUAAAAUAGAGGAGAACCUUGGUGAUUUCCAGAGACCAAUAAAACGUGUAAAAGAGUCGCCAGGGAUGUCUAGAAGAUAUCAUUCCAUGUCAGAUGUUAAAGAUCACAAAUCAAAUUCUGAUUCUAAAAUACAAAGACAAGUCAAAAUCUCCCCAUUCCAUGUAUCGAAUGACAGGAAAAUCAGUUCACUUUUUUCCCCAAAACAAACUGGGACGGGUUUGGAGCAGUUUGACAAUUUGAUGACAAGUACAGAGAAUCCGAGACAGAGAAACAGCAAGUCACUGGUUAAAGUAAGAGAAGAUGGAAAUGCAAGUGGUCAGAGGGAUAAUAACAGGGAUAGGAUUAGUAAUGAUGAGAGACACCUGCAGUCACUGAUGCGUGAAAUCCAUGAGGUUCAGGAAAUGGUGGAGGAUAGCAUGGACCAAGGAUCGGUGGACAGUGCAGACAGUUUUGAAAUGAAGAGAAGGAGGUUUUCUGAUUCCCAGUUUUCUACUGUAACGCAGGAUAGGAAUAACCCAAGAUCUUGGGGACUUAACAGUGAAACUGGAAGAACAAGCUCAAAGAAAGAGGAUACGGAUUUUAGUCCGCAAAGUCCAAGAAAUUUCAGAUUUUCUAGUGAUGUUACAUCAUCUUCAAAAUUGAACAAAAAUUCAUGGCCAUUUCUGCAUGAGGCUCAACCAAAUCGGGUAGGUUCUAGGCACAUCAAAUCUUGUGAUGAAAGGAUUAAAAGUGGAGAUGACAACCACAAAGAACCCCAGUCAUAUUCUGUCUUUGGAUCCAAAGUCAGACCUUUCAUUCAAGCGUCUCAGAGUGCUUCGGGUUCCAACAGAAAAGAGUCUACACCUAUAUCCUACACUUGCUCAAACUCUAUUUCACCUCAUAAUAUCAAGUUUACCUCAGAGCACUCAGAGCAACCAUUUAGGAGGAAUCUACCAGAACAUGUAAUGUGUCUAAAAACACAAGAAAAGUCUCAAAAUGCUCAAUCCUUCUUGCAAUCCAAACAAGGAAAGAAAAACAGACUUAUAAUUUCUAGUCCAAAAAAUGAAACGGGGCAUCUUCAGAGUCAGAAAGAAAAGGAAGUCCAGUGUGACAAGUUUUCAGAUAACAUGUUACAAGGAGACAGUAACCUGGAUGAAGGACUGAGGCUGUUUAAGAGAAAAAUUAGAAGUAAUGAUGAGGAAGAUAGUUCUCCAAUACCAGGAAGUGGCUUGAAGAAAAGAGGCUGGAGUGAUUUUUAUAAGGUCAAACAGCCUGUAGAAGUUUGUCGUCCACGAGUUCAGGACAGGAGAGAUCAAUCAACAUCUAGCAGUCUUCAUUCCAUCAUGAACACAGAGGAAAAUGAGAGAAUGGGAUCUCUGGCAUCAUCUGAAGGAAGGCUUCAGCAAAACUCUAAAAAAGCUGUUCCCAGGAAAAGACUCAUGUUUACAAAUGCACUCAAUAUGAAAAAGAGAAGGAAAAAGGAGGUUGCCACAUCAGGUGCUAAAAGGAAGCAGAGCAAAAGUGCUGAUCAGAUAGAAGAGUUAGAUAGAUCAAAAGAUCCAUUCAGGUUCCCCAACAAAAGGACACUAUCCAAUGAACACAGCAGACUACUCAAUGCUGGUGAUGAUGGUGCUUCACAUUCGUCCAAUGACAGUUCUUGGGACAGUCAUCACCAGGGGCUGGAGGAAGACAGCAGAGCGGGGACCAGAGAGGGUCAGAACAGCCUACAAAACAACCUUCGAAAGUCACAGGCCGACAAGUUCAACAAGAGACAAAGGUUUUCAUUGGAUUUCUCUCCUGUGGAGCAGAGGGAUAGUCAAAAGAGAUAUGAUUGGACUUUUGAUCAGUGAUCAAGAAUUGUUGCAGCUCAGGUUCUGCCUGUCAUUGUACAUGUACUGUAAAUCAAGAUUGAAUGAAUAUCAAGGUUAUUUAUUUUAAUUGUUCAAAAUUGUUAUUGUAUGCAUUUGACAUACUUGUAUUUUAUCAUAAAAUCUAUUAAUAUAAAUGUACAAGUGUGUAAAAUGGAAACAGACUCUCGAGUUAUUGACAUUAUGAUACCGAAAUAUUUAUGCGUGCUCUUCAACAUUUGACAAUUGAUUAGAAAUAGAUUCAUUUGUGCAUUGAUCUUAGCAUAUCUAAUCCUGCACCCAGAUAAGGGGUGGUAUUUUAUCUCCAUGUUCACUUCAGUAAAUAUUAAGUGAGAUUGUGCAAUAGUUCAGAUUUUUAAAAAUUACAUCAAUACAUUUGAUGUUUUGGCUUUAUUUUAUCAACUGCAAUUUCCUUUUGAAGGAAAAAUAGGGCUGGGAAAAUCAUUUUCCAUAUACCGGUACGACCCGUUUUGUGUUCUUUGUAUUGUUAAAUGAGGUUUUGAAUUAUGGAGAUGCGUGUAUUAAUUUUAUUUCAUUCCCUGUAAUCAAAUUAACUCUUUAAAUACUGGCGUAUGGUACCAAUUAAUCUUAGCUAUCUGGUAAGCCACAAGGGCAAAGCUUCCAGUACAGUGCUACAUACAUGUUGUCUGUGGUCAGUCGAGAUUUGGUGGAUGGUGACUUCUCGUAUUGCAUGCACUAUCUUGCUGCUCGCAUUUCCUCAUAAAAAGUCAUAUUUGCAAUUUUUGCUUGCAAAAAAUUGAUAAAAUAUAUUUAUUUUUUUGUUACAUAUUUGUGAAGGUAACUUUACUCAAAUUAUUGUGUGCUAUAUCAAAUGUAGUGUCAGUGAAUAAUUGGUUCAACAGUUUAACAAUAAUUUUUGUAAAUAUUUAUUUUAAUUUUUGCAUGAUCAAGGUUAGAAUGUGAAUGGUAUGAAAAUAUAUGCUGUGAUAAAGGAUCAUUGUUAGGCUGUCUGAAAUAUUCUACCCAAAUGUUUAUAAAACAAAGGGAAUACAAAAAUUCAAAUUAAUUGAAAUACACCUGUACAUGCGAAGUGAAAAUUUCAGUACCAUCAAUAUAAUUUGGCGAAUUGUACAGCUACCAGUCCAUUUUGGUUAAAUUGUCUCGGUGUGUAACCCAAAUAAAUGUUCUAAAUGGC